AUGAUAGAGGAAACAGCUGAAGGAGAGGAUCCGGUGAUAAUUAUAUCGUCGACAUUGAUUAGAAGAAUGGUAGUAGACUCAUUCGUGUAUUUGAUGAAUAAAAAGGAAUCAGAUUGGCUGUUAAAGAAUCCUUCGUGUCCUCUCCCACAUGAUGGAACCACACCCCCAGCCAAAACAGAUGAAGACUAUGAGUGUUGGUCUGAGAUUGACGCCAUUGUUCUUCAAUGGAUCUACAGGACACUCUCAGACGAUCUCCUCACCCGUGUUCUUGAACCAGAUUCAACAGCUUACGAAGCUUGGACCAGAAUACAUAAUAUUUUUCUCAAUAACAAAGGUUCUAGGGCUGCUGCUCUUGAACACGAAUUCAACAACUUGACUCUUCGUGCGAUGCCCUCUCUUGAAGAUUAUUGUCAAAGAUUGAAAGAACUCGCUGAUCAACUCAACGAUGUUGAUUGUCCGGUGAAUGAAAGACGCCUUGUACUUCAGCUUGUUCGAGGCCUUUCCACUGAAUACGACCUGGUCGGUGCGUAUGUCAAUCAAACUCUGCCCCCAUGGGAGACUGCGUGCUCUAUGCUUCAGCUUGAGCACCAACGUCAACAUGCUCGAGAUUCUCUAUCCCCUGCCGAUGUCGCUGCUGCUGUCACCUACGAGCCAUCAAAUCCCCCUCCCAAUUAUCCCAUUCGGUGUGAUACUUCUGCCCCAAAUCGCUAA